GAGAUGGAUAGACAGAUUAUAGAAAGAAAGAGCUUAAGUCCCAUCGUGUAAUUACAAUUCUUCUUUUGAGAUUCAUCAGCUCGUCUGACAUCUUCUUCUACUUCCAGUAACUGUUUUCCCUUCGCCCAUCGCACUCUCACUUUUCCAUGCAAAGACCAACACUGUCAGCGUCAAACUUGCGCAAUGCGGGAAGCAAAGGUGACAACCUUUUUUUUUUUUUUUUUUAAAUUUCUCAGCAGGCCUCUGCAAGUCCUGCCACUAAAGAUCAUGACUUUGAAUUUUGAUAAAUAUUUGGGAAAGUAUUUUCUUUACUUUCUCUAUCCUUUUUGUCAUCAAUGCAAUUCCAGAAAAAGGUGAAAUAAAAAGCAAAGAAAAAACCUUGAGCCAGUACUUUUUUGUUCUAACUAAAAAGCCACAUUUCCCUCUGUUUUUCUUCAUUUUUCACUUGUGAGUUUUCUCUCAUUUACGUCCAAUUGCUCUCCUCUGAACUUUCAUGGCUUUUUUGCCUCUUUUCCUUGUUGGGUUUCUUGUUUUGGGAGGGGGCUUGAUUUCAGGGCAGCAAAACUCAGGUGGGAUUAUGGAAAGGGAGGAGCUUUUGGGACUUUUUGAAGCUUUGGGUGGCCUUCUGGAGGACCCCAGCUGGGCCCAAGAGCACCCACAGCCCUGUGAUGAGACUCCAUGGCCUGGUAUUCAAUGUGAAAUUGGUGAUGAAAAUCCUCCAACUUUUCAUGUCACAAAGAUUCACAUUGGCCCUGACAUUCUCACCCCUCCUUGCAAAUCCUCUGCUUCCCUUUCAAGUUCCCUCCUCAAAUUACCCUACUUGAAAACCCUCUCAAUUUUCAAUUGCUUUUUAACUACACCAGUCACUCUCUCUCCAUCACUAUUUGGUGCAUUGUCUUCCUUGGAAACCCUAGCCCUUGUUUCCAAUCCAGCUCUCUCAGGAGAAAUCCCCCCAAACUCGUCAAAACUUACAAACUUAAGGGUCCUCAGCCUCUCACAGAACAACCUACAAGGAAACAUCCCUUGGGAAAUUGGUGGGUUGGUGAGACUAGAGCAGCUUGACCUAAGUUACAACAACCUAAGUGGUGAAAUCCCACAAGAAAUUGGAGGGUUGGGGAGUUUGACAAUCUUGGAUUUGAGCUGGAAUGUUCUAGAAGGUCAGGUGCCUAACUCUGUAGGGCAGCUUCAAAUCCUCCAAAAGAUUGAUAUGAGCUCCAACAGGCUGAGAGGAUUGAUCCCUCCAAAUGUAGGGCAGCUCAAGAGGUUGGUAUUGUUUGAUCUGAGUCAUAACUUGAUCAAUGGGCCAAUCCCAGAAACCCUUUCAGGUUUGGAGAAUUUGGAGUAUUUGGUGGCUGAUAAAAACCCAAUCAAUUCAGAAAUUCCUCAGUUUGUAGGGAAACUUAAGAAUCUCAAAUCUCUGAGUUUUUCAGGAUGUGGGUUGAUUGGCAAAUUACCUAACUCCCUAUCUUCCUUGAAAAAUCUCAGUUCCCUCUCUCUAGACAACAACAGUCUCAAUGGGACAGUGCCUACAAGUUUAGGGACACUCCCAAGUUUGGAUCAGCUGAAUCUGAGCAACAACAAGCUGAGUGGGGCCCUGUCACUUCCAGAGGAUUUCAUUGAGAGGCUUGGGAAGAGGUUGGAUGUGAGAGGAAAUAAUGGGCUGUGUGCAAUCAAUCCAUUGUACAAGAAGAAGAAGAGCAUCUCUGCAAAUCUGAUAAGUACCCAUGUUUGUUUGAAUGCAAGUGGAGCAACAAAUGACACGGCCUUGGCUGGUGAAGAAGAACCAAAUGUGUCUGAGAGAAUGAAGCCAUUUGGUCAGUACCCUGUCGAGAACAAUAGUUCUGGUUCUCCAUCGAAUUCAAAUGCAAAGACGGUUUCUUUUGGUUUUGUUGUGUGUUUCUUGUGCCUCUUGUUGUAAAAACCCACUUCGUUUUUGUUCAAUUUUAAGGCAACUUGAUGAA